AUGGUGGCUCCCUUAUGGCAAAAGUUGGAGACCCUCGAACAACACCUGGACCGUCUUGACCUAGCGGUAAACACGAUUAUGAAGCAUUUGAACAUCACAAUACCAGGUUCGGCAUCUGAUACCGUUCAAAAGGUGACACUUGGCUCAGACGCCGGAGACAAGGUCAGCAGUCCAACUUUGACGGGACCAUACAAAUAUAAAGUACUGGACCAUGGCAAGGCUGAAAUACGUGUGCUUGCCUUGAACGGUACGAAUGAUGAGUCUCAGGAGAUUUCAGGAUCACUGGUUCACAUCAGCUUGGAAGACAAACAAACCUCGGCGGUCAAACGAUACAAUGCACUAUCGUACACAUGGGGUGAGCCGAAGAUGAAUCGUCGCAUCGUUAUAGAUGGCCACAUAUUCUUUGUGACACAGAACCUGGAGAAUGCCUUACGACAAAUGCGUACACGGGCGAGCAGGACUGCUGGUAUUUCAGGAGACGGUAUCAACCAAGCUGAUAUCGAAGAACGGGCAAACCAAGUCAUGCUGAUGCGACGGAUAUACAAGAGCGCCUUAUAUGUUGAGGUAUGGCUAGGCGAAGCUGUGGAGGGUAGUGCUCUCGCCAUGGAUCUCAUUAACAAGAUAGGUCGCCCACCCAUUCGUGGACCCGGACAGAAAGAGGUUUUGUAUCCAGAAUUCUCAGAAGCUGAAGUACGGCAACAUUGGGAUAGCGUUCGGCUCCUCAUGACCCAACCUUGGUGGGAGAGAAGUUGGAUUCGCCAAGAGAUUGCCUUAGGAGUCCGCACCCAAGUCUUCUGGGGCGAGUACAGUGUCGAUUUUGACACGCUCUCGCAAGCUGUCAUGGCCAUUGAGUAUGCAGACAGCCUUGGUCAUAAUAUUCCUGGGGCUGCUGUGGAUCGUACAAAACAGUCUCCAAGCGACCAACUUGUGAAUUUAAGCUUCUACCACCAUGCUCGAGGCAUCCGCACCUUGAGGAAGAAUACCCACCGUGGCCAUGCAUUUCUCGCCUUACCAGAGUUGCUAUUGCAUUCACGGUACUGCAAGGCAACUGACGAGAGAGAUAAAAUUUAUUCGAUGAUAGGACUGGCUGAUAUGGAAAUAUAUCGCCUCAGUCCAGACUACCAAUUGUCCCUCCACGAAGUGUUGAAGUCGACAGCUAGAGCUAUCCUGCCCAAGAAGAAAGGCUUGCGCCUACUAGGAGCAUGUCAGAACCCUGACAGGAAUCACAACUUACCCUCCUGGGCGCCUAAUCUCGUCGACCAUUGGAAGUAUCAUCCCUUUGAGCCUGAUGACUCACAACAUUUCAUUUCAACCGCGGAGCCGCAAGUUGAAUUCGAUAACGAUGCGAUGCUUGUCAAGGGCGUGAUCUUUGACUCCGUAAGCCAGCUCUGCAAGGAGAAAGUGCCCACAGAUCCGACACCAGAAGAAUUUGACGAUGUUUAUGCUGCAUGGCACCGUUUUGCAGAGGAGGCGCUCGCCGCGGGACAUCUUGAUGAGUCUCGGUUUAAGAGCUUGCCGAGCAUCAACAGGAAUAAGGAAUUCUUUUGGUUGCACUUCCUGUCGACCAAUCGUACGACCAGCAGAUAUCUCAAAUACUCUGACGAUGACAAGACGGUUCUGUUGCCAGAGCGUGAAGACGGCGUGAAGAUGGAGUACAUGGGUCUGAACCUGAAACUGGCCAGGAGAUAUCUCUUGCCUGGAUCCUCGGACCUAGAGCUACACCCUUUACGACGCAUCAGAGCCGCUUUGAAGAAGUACGGCGCAGGCAGGCAACUAGGGCUCUGUGCGGACCAGAAGACUUUGGUGCUAUUGCCUGGCGAUGCCCGGCCUGGUGACUUGGUCGCAGUCUUCAGAGGUGCAAGUUUCCCUUAUGUUCUAAGGAAGGUACCUAAAGACAUAGGAUCAGCAGACCAAGAUGAAACAGUUCUUGUUGGUGAGGCAUUCUUGCCUGAGGAUGGCUUCAAUAUGGCGUUUAGUUUCGGUAAUCGUGCAACUUCUUCGGAUGUAAUACGUGUUAUAUAA